ACGGAAGAAAUGAUAAAUCCGGAAAUGUUUUCGGUUUCCUCGGGACUGUUCAUUGUUUUAGAUAAUCUUGAAAAUCAAAAGAUUAAUACAGAUUAGCAGCUCAACCUACUAGUAGUACAAGUGAAUGCUGUGGAGGUUUUUAUUCCUACUGAAAUGUUAAACAGCUAAAUACAUAAUGCAUUUAAAAGAAUAUAGAAUAUGCAUGCCAUUAUCAGUUGAAGAGUAUGAAAUUGGUCAGCUGUAUAUGAUUGCAAAGCACAGUCAUGAACAAAGUGAAAAUGGAGAAGGAGUAGAAGUUGUUAAGAAUGAAGAAUGUGAUCACCCAAAACAUGGGAAGGGUAGAUUUACAGAGAAAAGGAUUUAUUUGUCUAGCCGAUUACCUAGCUGGAUAAGAAGUAUGAUCCCAAAUAUUUUCUACAUCAUAGAAAAAGCAUGGAAUUAUUACCCUUAUACAGAAACAGAAUACACAUGUUCAUUUGUACCUCUAUUUAAAGUAUAUAUAGAAACAAGAUACGAAAAUAAUAAUGGAUCAAGUGAAAAUUGUGUAGGUUUAUCUGAUGAAGAUAUAGCAGUCAGAGAGGUAGAACAUAUAGAUAUAGCUUUUGAGGACAUUCCAGAGAAAAAUUUUAAGAAAGAAGAGGAUCUAAAAACCUUCAAGUCGACAAAAACAGACAGAGGACCAUUGCAGAAAGGAUGGCGGGAUACUAGCAAACCAAUAAUGUGUUCAUAUAAAGCUGUUAAAGUUUAUUUUGAAAUGUGGGGAAUGCAAACAAAAGUUGAACAGUUUGGACAAAGGUCAAUAAGGGAUAUAUUAGUACUUGGACACAGGCAGGCUUUUGCAUGGAUUGAUGAAUGGAUAGAUAUGUCUAUGGAAGACCUGAGAAAGUAUGAAAGUGAAACAAAUGAAAAGACAAAUGCUAAAGUUCUCAAUCAAUGACACUUACAUUUAGGAUGUUAUAUAAUGCAAUCACUGACCUCUGAAGUAUCAAAUUCCUAUUUGUAUGUAACAUUGUUCUAUGAUACUGUAUCUUUAACUUAAAGGAUUUUUUUUAUUUUGUCUAAUCUGGAAUAUCUUGUUCCAAAUGUGAUGAGUUUUCAAAUCAUUCAUUACAAGCAUUUCAAUUUAACAUAGGUACAUAUUUUCACAUUAGGAUGUCAAAAGAAAAAAGACCACAAAUGCAAUUUAUCAUGAGUUCUUUAAAUUUUUACAUCUUUUUUCAUGUAAAAACUGAAAUUUAAAUACAAAAUUAUUCAAAACCUUAGUUCAAAACAAAGUUAGAUAUACUUGGCAAAGCUUACAAACUUAUGUCAUGCUCCAAUACAUUUAAAAAAAAUGGCUAUCUAUGCAUCAUAUAAAAAAAACCUCCAAAACCAUUGUGAUAAAAAAAAAACAUUUAAUAGGCUGUGCUAAAUGGCAUCGUUAAAUUAAAAUACUGUAAUUAUUUUUUAUUAGAAAUCCAGUCUGCUUCAUUGUAGAUUGGAAGGUCUACCGGAAAGGACAAUGAAAUUCAUUAUGAUUAAAUAGGAAAUGCAGUUGCAUGAUGCAAUGAAAUUCUACAAAAAAAAACAUUGAAAUCCAUUCACUGGGUAAAGGGGAGAUAACUAGUAUAUAAAAAUGGCUAUGAUUUUGAACUUGCAGAAGUUAUUUAGAUAGAUCAAGAUGUAGUGUGAGACACUGCUUUCCUUUUUUAUACCAGGCUCUUGGGGACAUUUUCGUUCUUGCAUCUGUUUGAAGUAUGAGGCAAAAAAGGAGUAUAUAAGUUAUGUAUCUGAAAAAUGUUCACAUAGUUAGGCUUGCCAAUAAGAAGAUUGGUACUGAAUAUCACGAAGCGCUGAUUUGUCGUUGCUGAGAAAAUGCCAAAAAAAUGGAAAUUACAAAGGGAUGCACAGACAGAUAGAAGGAUAGAAGUAUAUCAUUAUACCCCUCACUUUUAAAUAGCAGAUACAAAAAAAAAACGAAAAAGAAAAUCUGUGUUUCAGGAUUCUUUGAAAUUAAUUCAGAAUAUCCAUCUACCAUGACAAAUUUAUUGGUAAGAGCAGCAUAUUGCAUUAUGCCUACAUAUAUACAAUGUAAGUAUAUUGUUUACACACAAUCAAAUGUUGGGGUCUAUUCCUUCUUCUACACUGUUGAAGAAGAGAAUAUUUAAAAUCAACGAAGAUAUUAGAGCACAUAUGAAUGUUUGUUUUUGUAAGGACUAAUGAAGUUGUUAUCCAAUUAUUAAUAUUUAGUAUUUAUUUGUUAUUGAAUAACUUAUUGCAGGUUUACAAAUGCUGCACAAGUGUUUUUUUUAUAAAAAAAAAAACAAAAACAAACUGCCACAACUCACAAUUAAUGUUUGUCAUUUUGAUAAUUUCUACAAUAAGUCUUAUACAUUUGUCAAACUUCCCACUGCAAUAUGCAAUUGAUAUUAUAAAACAUGUUUUAAAUUGACUUGUUUGUCUGAAAAAAACCUUUCUUCAUAAAAUAGGAAAAUGGAUUUGAGAAACCUACCGAAAUUCAUCAGAUCAUAUGUUCCAUUUUUAGAUAGUGGAUAUUUUAAUAAUGUUCUUUGUUGUUGAUUGCAAAAUGGGUUUACUUGAAAAAUACAUAUACUUUAUGGGUGUUCUACUAUACUAUAGAUAAGAUAUGGAUAAUAUAUAUUCAACUGUGGAUAAGAUAUAGAAAGUAUAUCCUCUUGUUCUGUAGACAAGACAUUCAGUUGUAGGUAUAAAGAUGUAGAUAAUAUAUGUUCUUCUGUUGAUGAGAUGUUCAGAUAAUAUAUGUUCUACUGUAGAUAAGAUACAGAUGAGUCUUAUGUUUUCUGUGUGAUUGUGUUGUUUAUCUAUCACUGUCUUGUGAUCCAGUAUGUGCACUUGUUCAGAUCUAUUGUUGUUCUGUGAUUAAAUAUUAUGUAGGACUCGUGUAUAAGAUCAAUUAGUUUCUUUUUUUUUUUUAUUUUAUGUAUCAAGAGCAGUCUUGCUUUUUCAACUUUUUGCUACUUAUAUAUUUAAAUGAUCCAUUUUAAACCCAUUGUAACCUGGGUAUGUAUACAAUAAAGAAUACUAAGUCAUUUAAGUGCUGAUGUACAUUUCAAGCUUAAUUUAAAAAAAUAUUAAAAUUUAAUUCAAUUUGAAAUAAAAGUAGCAAAAAGUUUAGCAAUAUCAAAAGUCAUUAUUUUAAAAAUGGAACAUUUAAACAGCUUUCUCAACAUUUGAGAACUAUUAACAUGAUUAACUUGUGAUUUGUAUUUUUUUUUAUUAUUUUUUUUUUUUCAAUAAUCUUGGCAACUACAGUUUACCUCCCCUUUAAUAAACUGACCACCUGAAAAAUUGAAAUAUCAAAUACAUGAACAAAACACUUAUCUGUACCAUACAGAAAAUGAUUUUAACCAAAUUUACAUUUUUUUUUGUUUGAACUUCAUUGAACUCUGUAACAAGUUUCUUGUUUUUGUUUCAUUUUGUAGAUAACCUUCAUAUUUCAUUGCUAAAUUUCAAAGGGACUACCAACUGUUUUUGUAGAAACUAUUUCCAUUGUUAAAAUCUUUCCAUUUUGUAUAUUAAAUGUUUCUUUGACAAACUUAUACAUGUGACAGUUUCUUAUUUUUCUAUUAUUUAUACAAUCUACAUUAUUUAUAAUUUUGUUUUAUUACUCUAGAUUUAUUUUUAUGUUUCGUACUAAUAUUCCUGGAUUUUAUUGUCAUAUAAGGUAGAUUAGGAAUUUAAGUGUUCAACAAAGUAAACAUUUCCUAAAUAUUUGUUUGCAGAAUUUUGAUAAAACCAUGCUAUCAAUUCGCAAAUAUCCAGGAAAAUACAAUUCUAUCUCAAUCCACAAAAAUUGUUGCCCAAGAAUAUAAAUGAACAAAAUAAAUUAAAAAAAAGAACGAGAACACAAUCAUUCCCUUAUAGUCUAUUUGCUAUUGCAUUUUAAUCUGUUAAAAUAUUCAACUUUCUAUUUUCCAGAUCUUAUGUAGAAUUUUGUGAUCUUGAUAGAGGUGACUUAAAAUGGAAUUUCAACUUAUAGAGAGAGUUAAGUUGUAAAAAAUGUAGUAUUUCGUGAUGAUUUCUCAAGUACAGUCAAACCUUUCUAUAAAGGAAAGCUAGGAGAGGACACAUAAUUGUCCUUUAUAAACAUGUUGCUUUAUAAAAAGUUUCAUGAAAAUAGCAUAAACCAAGAAACAUACAUGUACUUCUUGUAUUUCUAUGAAUUUAAAAUGUCAUGCAUGAAAACAUUGUAUAAAUUUAAAUUAUGUGUCUUUUAUAAAGAUUCUAAAAAUCAAACUCCUGUUUAUGGCAGUAAAAAGACUUGAAUUUAACAAAAGGGAUUUGUUUUAUACUGACUCUUGCACUAUGGUUAUAGUUAUAAUUUAAAAUAAAUAUUGACAGUAUAGAGAUGAAAUCUGUCCAUUUUGAGAAAUGCCCAUUAAGCUUGUUUAAUUAAAGGCAGUUGUAUAGGCUAAAACAUUUUUGACCAGCUUCUGCACUGCCAAUUAUGCAUAGUUGUCUGUUUUAUUGAGGUGCUUACAAGACCAGAUUUAAGCAUUUAUUAAAUUAUAUGUUUGACAACUUUCUUUUCAUGCUGGGUAUUGUUUGGAUCUGUUUCAAGUUUAUUGAAUGGAGAAAUUUUAAAGUUUUAAAACUAAGAAAGUAGUAUAUUAAAAAAAAAAAAAAAAAAUACAAAUACUUUAUUCAAACAAUUAUCGGGCA